AUGGCCGUAGUCCCAUCCACGCCCUCGGGCAUCGACAAGCCAGAGAAACAUGCUCACCCAACGACAGUCGAGCCCUGGCGAGAUGAAGAAUCCUCGCGCGAGGCCACGGUCGAAGAAGACGAGCACGCAAACAAGUUUACGUUUCGCCGCCUCAUGGCCUUUAUUGCCAUGGCAUUCUGCUGGACGAGCGGCCAAAUGCCGCCCUAUCUCUACGGUGGCAUCGCCCCCAUCGUCUACGGAGACAUUGGCGGCGUCGACCGAUGGGUAUGGUUCAUCACCGCCAACCUGAUUGCACUCGCCGCCGUGGCCCCCUUUGUCGGAGCGCUGUCCGACCUCCUCGGCCGCCGUUAUGUGGCCAUGCUGGGCAGCGCCUUCAUCAUCAUCGGCCAGAUUGUCUGCGUCACGGCCCACGAGAUGAACCCCUUUAUUGGUGAGUCGCUUACCCUCGAGCAGAAACCUUUUUUCCUUCUCUCAACUUACAUUGUCUCGUCCGCAGCCGGCAUGGCGCUCUCCGGCGUCGGCGCGGGCAUCUCCGAACUGAUAUCGAUUUCUGGAUUGGCCGAGAUUGCGCCCACCGCGCAACGCGGCGUCUACAUUGCGGCUCUCAUCAUGACGAUCCUGCCCUGGUGUCCCUCCGUCAUGUGGGGGCAGUUGAUUGCUGCCAAUGCCCACUGGCGCUACGUGGGCGUCAUGAUUAUCGCCUACACGGCCGUAGGCCUUGCCGUCGUCUUCUUCUUCUACAGCCCGCCUCCGCGGGUCAACUCGGCCUCUCUCUCCGGCAAGGAGACGGUCUCCCGGAUUGAUUUCGUUGGCGGCGUCACGUCCAUCACGGGCAUCAUCCUGCUCAUUGCCGGCAUUCUUUGGGGCGGAUACAUGUAUGCGUGGAAGAGCGCCCAUGUCCUCGCGCCAUUCAUCAUUGGCCUGGUCCUCAUCCUGUUCUUUGUUUACUGGGAGGGCUGGGUUGCAAAGUAUCCAAUGGUGCCGAGGCGCCUUGGUAAAGCCCCGCGGACGCUGGUCCUCAUUAUGCUCAUCGCCUUCGUCUCUGGCGCCAACUUCUUCUCCGUGCUGAUGCUGUGGCCAACCCAGGCCUACAAUGUGUAUGGCCACGAUCCUGUUGCCGUGGGCCUGCGUGGUCUGCCGUUUGGAUUCGGCGUCAUGGCGGGAUGCGUGAUUACGCUGGGACUCAUGACGUGGCUACGCGGCCGGGGCAUUCGAGCUCUCUUGCUUGCUGCGUCGUGCGUCAUGACGGCAGGAUGCGGUGCCAUGGCGGCCGCGAACCGUGACAACGAAAAGGCCGUCUAUGCCAUUCUUCUCGUCUCGGGUCUCGGCGUAGGAGGCAUCGUCAUUCCAACUAGUGUCAUUACGACAAUUAUUUGUCCCGACGACCUCAUUGCCACGAUAACUGCCUUGACACUGUCCGUUCGGGUCAUUGGCGGAGCAAUAGGCUAUGCCAUUUACUACAACGUCUUGGUACAGAAGCUCACGCCAGAGCUCAUCAAGCAAGUAUCGACCGCCAUGGUCCUUGGCGGCGUCAAGGAGCCGGAAGUGAUCAAGGCGGCCAUUGAGCUCACGUCCGCGUCUCUCACACAGGAAAUCCUUCACCUUCCAGGCGUUGACGGCAACGUGGAGCUCUGGCAGUCGAUUGUGCUGGCGGGCCAGAAUGCAUACGCCAUGGCGUAUCCGUGGGUAUAUUAUUGCAGCAUAGCCUUUGGAGGGGUGUCGAUUGUCGCCAGUGCUUUUGUUCAAGACAUUGCUCAAUUUAUGGAUGAGCAUGUGGCGGUUGUUAUUUGA